AAGAAUGCAAUAUUAAUAUUGAUUCAUCAGAGAUUAUAGAUAGUGUUAAAUUAAGUAAAUCAACAAAUACUAUCCUGAUACAAGAUAGUCUUAAUUGUAGCAUUAUAGAACUUACUAAUAACUUUGGAGUAAAUAUAUAUUAUCAUCUUAAAACUGAUAAUGAUUCUUCAACUUUGCUAUUGUGA